GACUUCUUUAUACACUCUCAAAAAAAAAAAAUGGUAUUGUUUUUUCAAUUUCCUAUCCAAAACUGACCCUACCCUUCCCUUAUGUUUCCAAAGCAAUUUGAAGUCCCUGGGGUUGAGUCAAUUGUUAUAUGAAUUGCAAAAAGCUCAUCAAUCCAAGCAUGGAUAAGAAGAAGAAGCAGCUGAAGCACACGGUGAACAAAGCAAAAGAGCAAUCGAGCAUGGAGAAGAGGAAUCAGAAUGACAAGAGCAAGACCAUUCACGACAUCCUCCCUCUUGAUCUGAUUCACAGAAUCCUUCUGCUGGUGCCGAUCAGACAUCUCGCUCGCCUCAGAUGCGUUUCCAAGCUGUGGUACUCUCUAAUUUCCGAACCUGACUUUGCGGAAUUGCAUUUUCACCACUCUCCCGCUGCCACCAACGCAUGCUUCUUCAUGAAAAACUACACUAUGGCUUACUUGGUUUACUUAGACGACAAUGAUGCAUCAAAAAAAGUGGUGUGUCCCCCUUUCAAGAAGAAACCACCUUCUGAUUUUGAGGUAUUGGGAUCCUGCAGAGGAUUUAUUCUCUUGCAUCGAUACCCACAUUUUCUUGUGGUAUGGAACCCACUGACUGGAGUCAGCAAAAGAAUAUCCUAUUCUCAUAUUGUUAGUCGUCCUAAAUACCAUAGCUUUAGGCUUCCCUACAGUACGCAUCUGCAUGGAUUUGGUUAUGAUGCAUCACAGGAUGAUUACUUAGUUGUUGCAGCUUGUAGGGAUUAUGAAAGGCAAGAAGAUCAUUUGGAAUGCUUGUCCUUGAGAACCAAUUCAUGGAUUAAUCUUGAUGCUGUACUCCCCAGUCCAUUGGAUUGGUUUGACCACAAUUCUUGUGGGUUGUUCUUGAAUGGCGCUAUUCAUUGGGUGCCUUCCUUUCUUAAAGAUUACAGGGAUGCUAUUCUUUGCUUUGAUCUGAAGGAAAGGACUUUCUCAAGGAUAUCUGCACCGGAACAACUGCUAAUCAUUGCAUGCCCCUUUCGAAGGCUCGCCCUACUAGGAGACUGCCUAUCUUUGUAUGGUCACAAUUAUAGUAGCGGUACAACUGAGAUAUGGGUGAUGAAAGAAUAUAAAGUGCACUCAUCCUGGACUCUCUAUGAGAUUCCUUGCAAAAUCUUUCAGCCAUUGUGCUUAUCCAGUAAUGGUGAUAUUAUUGGAAGAGGUUAUGAUAAAAUAGGGUACUUCAUAUACAAUGUCAGAGGAGACAUGCUCAAGCGUUUUAAAAAUCUUCCUUGUCCGCCUCCCAUCCGAUACUGUGUAUACAGAGAGUCUCUUGCCGUGUUGCCACUCCCUAGCGGCAUUAAGGAUAAGGAUAAGAAGAAGAAGGAAAACUGCCAUCAAGUUCACCAUCAAGUUUAGGCUCUUUAGAAUCACCCAAGAUUCAAACAGAGAGAGAAUGAGGAGCCAACAUAUGAGUGGACAACUUGCCACUUGGAGAAGAACAUUUGAAAAGUGCAAAUGAAGUUUAGUCUCUUUUUCAAUCCAAUAUAUAUUUUGAAUCAAAUCUAAUAGUAAUAUUUCUUAGUUGGUUAUGCAAAACUUAUAGGUUUUAUUUUGCAGAUUACAUAAUAUACUCCUUCUUUUAAUCUUACCUUUAGCGUUGUUGUUUUUAGAAGUUCACUAGCAAAUGAUGGCAAACCCAGAAACAAAAAGUUACAGUAUACCAGAGUUGUUUUAUUUUGAGUCUUGCUUCCUACACUCUAGUCUUGUGGUGAGGUAUGUUUCGUUAUUGUGCUGAGUGCUAUACAUAAGUAUAUUUUUUCUCAUUGAUUGUAUCUGGUAAUGAAACCUUGUAGCAUGUUGAUAUAAUUGUUAUAGUGGUGUAAAUUUUACAUUUUAUGUAUGCCUUUCAACAUUAUUUUAUUAGGUACUUUGUAGUUUUAGGAUUAGCUUUUAGAUAUAUUUUUAUUAAAUGCAAUUCUGAACUUUUAAGCUGAGGUGUAUGUGGAAUAUGAUAGCAAAUGAAGACUUAAAUAUUGGAUAGCAAAUGAAGACUUAACUUGCUAGCUUCCAUUUUCUUUAAACCCCUUUCUGAAUGUGUAACAGAAGAUGGAAGCUAUUGCACUCUAAAAUUAAUAGGUUAAAAAAAAGGGGAUGGCUGAGAUUCAUGAGCAGAACUAGAUACAAAUAAAUAUUUUAGAUCGAAAUGUUAAAUAUGCCUUUCUUAAUAGUAGGGAUAAUUUUAUAUUUGAUCCCUCUUCAAUUUUGUAGUGCAUGUUCUUUCAUUUCGCUUUCAAACUAUUAAGGCAGUGUCCAGAAACUCAGAGAGUAACCAUAGAGGAAAGAAGAUUAUGCUUUAAAUCUACACUAUUUAAUACUUUGUUCAAAAUGCAACAUGGAAAAAUCCUUUGAAACAUAGGCCUAUUUUAUAUAUUUUAGAGUUUAGAUUGAUCUAACAAUUUUGAUGAUCUAAUACUUUACUCGAUGCAGCAAAAGGCAGAGAAAAAGCUAGCAGCAACGGAAGAAAACAACCACAUGUAACACCACCAUAAAAUCACUUAAUUGCAAGAUAACUAGAAAUUCCAAUAUGAACAACUAUAGUCUAUAAUUAUUCUCAAAUGCACUUAUUUUGGCAGCUAAUUUUGCCUGCAUCUCUCAGGGGCCAACACAUAGUAUCUUAUUUUUGGCUACUUCUGUAGUUCUUUAUUUGGUUGUAUAGGUCUAACACUAGUCCUUGACUCAAUUCAUUGUAAGUUAUUUGUGUGCUAUGUUAAUAACUCAAUACUAUAAUUAACUAC